UUGUAGGUAAAGAGAAAAAAAAUAUUAGAAACGAAAAUUAAAAUAGUCAAGAAAAAAAUGAGUUUUCUCGAUGAAACCUCUGUAAAAUACUUUUAUUAAACAACAAUUCCAUGCAUUAAACACCAGUGCAUCGUCAAAUCCUAAAAAUAUUGAUCAAAAACCAGCCCGAAAAGCACAAAUGCAAAACGAAAAUUUCGAGAGUGUCAAGAGGAGGAUUUUUUAAUUCAAUUUACUUUUUUUGCACAAGAAAAAUCGCGCGAUUUUCACCCGAUCGAGAGCCUCCAACGCAUUCGCUCGUGACCGUAAACUUCCAUUCAGCACACACAACUCAUCACCAUGUUUACGGGCACGCUGAGGGUAAAAGUAUGCGAAGCAAGUGGCUUAAGACCAACAGAUUAUCAGAAAAGACACGAAUUAAACUUUGGCAAAAAUAACGACAAGAAGGAUUUGGAUCCUUAUGUAUCAUUGAAUGUGGACGAAAAAUUCAUAGAUCGCUCCACCAUUAAACAGAAAACAUUUGAUCCAGUCUGGAAUGAAGAAUUCAUACAUGAAGUAGAAAAUGCCAAUACGUUGGGCAUUACCGUGUUCCACAAAGCACCAAUCGAUGAUGUCUUCAAUGCCAAUACCACAAUAACAUUUGAGGAUUUGAUAGCACGGAGUGAACAAAAUCAAACGGACUUUUGGGUAGAUUUAGAGCCAUCUGGGAGAAUUCAUGUUAAAAUUGAUUUGCGAUGGUCGCAAGAAACCAAUCAGCAGAAUCAAAUGGCGAUGAGACGAACGAACAACAAAGACCAACCGUUUCUGAAUCGUCGACGUGGUGCGAUGAGACGUCGAGUUCAUCAAGUGAAUGGUCACAAGUUUAUGGCGACAUUUUUACGUCAACCAACUUUUUGUUCGCAUUGUCGUGAAUUCAUUUGGGGCCUGGGGAAGCAAGGUUACCAGUGCCAAGUGUGCACAUGUGUUGUUCAUAAACGCUGCCAUCAGCUUGUUGUCACCAAAUGUCCGAAAAAGAAAGAUGAAGUAAGGCCAAAAAAUGAGACAACAACUGAAGAAGUUGUCAACAGUCAACGCUUCAAUGUAAAUAUUCCGCAUCGGUUUGACGUUCAUAGUUUCAAACGUUUAACGUUUUGCGAUCAUUGCGGUAGCUUGCUUUAUGGUAUCAUUCGUCAAGGCUUAAAAUGUUUUAUGACUAAGAACCCAGCACGUCGAUUAGGCUGCACAAAUGGUGAAGAUUCAAUUAGAAAGCAUCUGUUUUUCAAAGAUAUGGAUUGGGAUGCUUUGGAGCAGCGUAAAGUUCGCCCACCAUUUAGACCAAGAGUUAGAAGCGCAAAAGAUGCCGUCAAUUUCGAUACGGAAUUUACUCGAGAAGAUCCUGUGCUGACGCCAGUUCCAAACGAUGUCGUUCGAUGUAUUAAUCAAGAAGAAUUUGCUGGAUUUUCUUUUGUUAAUAAAGAAUUCGGACCGGAGCGUAAGAUUUGCUGUUAAGGCAAGAAAAAGAAAGAAAGAAAAUCUUCAGUUUUUAUCAGCUGGACCUUGACAUAGUUUUGGAAAAUCUUUUUACGUUUUUAUGUUCAAAUCUCCACAUAAAAAGAAGGUAACAAUGCGUUUUGAAUUUUCCUUUCAUCUAAUUAUCAGAACGUAAAAAUUGGAGUUUAAAAACAAAAAUGAUUAAUGACGCUAAGUAAAGAAAAGUAAAGAAAACAGGAAAAUGUGUUUUCCGCCCGAAACACAAACGAACGGAACGAAAUAAGAGAAAGAGAAAGAAAAUUUUGUUUAUCGAAAAUUAUCGACACACGCGGAAUGUGUUAAUCGCACAUGCUGAUUUGUGUUGUUUUUGUUUAGGUCCAUCACACAUCUUCAUCACAAAUCUAUUUUUGCCCUAUUUUUAAAUAUUUUUCUCCUUAAAUCUCGAAAAGAAAAGUGAUUUGUUUAUUUUUUAUUCGUGUCGGCUGCGCCACGGCAAAGAAAAUGCAAAAUAUUUAUUUGUGCGUGAAGUCGCAAGAUGUAAACUGUUUAGUUACAUUUUUGUUUUUAAAGAAAUUUUUCCACUUUCACUACUUUUUAUUCGAAUAUAAGAAAGACGCGAUUUACUGAAGCUUAACUUAGUUUUUUUUAGCGAAAGAGAGUACAAAAAAGACGAUUUUAUGCGAGAAGAAAAUGAAUUUUUGUUUCGAAUUUAACAAGCAAAGAAACGUCGACAAGUAUCAGAGAAUUAGAAGUGAAAUGGAAGUAAAUCUCCAUUAUCAGCUUAACAUCUCCUGAUCGUUUCAAUGAAUCUUUAAUCAGAGAUCUUUUAUUCAAAUAACGCACACUUAACAAUGCUUCUUAAGCAGGUCACUCACGAACUCGUGGUACCAUUAAAAGUAUUUUUGUUAAUUAAUUAUAAAACCAUUUUUUUUAUUGUGUUUCCCAUAUCAAGUAUGUAGUUUGAAUCUGAUCUAGUCAGAAAACCAGCGAAACUCGUGUAGCUUUCGCCAUAAAACAUUAUCGAUGAAAUAUUUUAAAAUAGGAAUGUGAAGAUCGGUGGAUUAAAAUCUAGAUUAAGAUUAAGUUUCUGCUAAUUCGGAUUUAUUGAAGGAUUGAAAUUUAAUCCUAAGUUUAAUCUCUUUUUUAAUCCCACGAUUUUCAUAUUCUAAGAUUAAGUUUAAUGAAAUCAAGCCAAAAAAAAAGAAAAUUCUUGAAUCUUAUUUAUUACAAUUAUCGUUAGAUCAUUUAACAAACCAUCUUUUAGUUAUUUUCCUCGAUGUUAAAACUGAAACCGUUGAGCAUAUAUAAUAAGAGAAAAGAUAGAAUCUUCUUCCAUUUGAAUCAUCAUCACAAGAAUAUUCAUGUAAGAUUUACUUUUGAAUCUUCUAAACUAGCACAAAUAAUAACAAUAUCUUCUUCUUAUCAGCAUAUGUCUACAAAAGAAAGAUUUGUAUUUAAAGAAAAAGAUCAAAAUGAUGCUAAGUUAAAGUGAAAAAUAAUUUAUGUGGAAAUCUAGUUCAAUUUUAUGUUAUCGUUAAAAUAUCUAUCUAAAUACUUGUUUAUUUUAAUUUAAAUUCAACUUUAUUUUAGCUUAAAGGGAAAGAGUUUUAAAUGUUGGAAGCCAAUUCAGUAUUUUGUUAAAAGAUAAGAAAGUAAGAUGAAUGAAAAAGCUGAAUUGGAUAUGAAUUUUAUUGAUGUGAAAGCUAAAAAAGCACUUAUCUAUACACAAACACACACAUAAACACGAACUUUUUAUCAUACACACAAAUUUUCCCCUUCAUGAUCACAAAAUGCUUUUUAAUUUUUUAAAAUCGAUAGAUGAAAUUAUUCUAAAUGCCAUUUUUAUUGCCAUCGACUCUAUUUACCUCAUCUCAAUAAUAUUUCCUAAGCAGAGAGAUUGAAAUUGAAAAGUUUGUUUCAAUAGCGAGGAAGUUGAGUCUUGCGAGAUCUUCAAGUUGCGUCAAAAUAUUUGCCCCUCUCAUUUUGAGAGCAGCUUGGAAUAAAAAAUUUCGAAGAGUCAUUUUUCUCAUUCAUUUCUAUCAAAUUGCUUGACAGAUAAGUCAAUGAAAGCUUUUGAGAGAAAACAUUUUGCAAUUUCAUUAGUUGAUGACAGUUGUGGAGAAAUCUGUCAUCGAGCGCUUUUUGUAUCGAAGCUCAUUCUUCGAGCUUUGAAAUGAAACAAUCGAAAGAAAGUCUCCUAUUGAAAAAAAUUAAGGAAAGAAAUAAAGAAUGUUCCUCAUCCGAAUAUCUUCUGGAUGAAUCCAGUAUUGAAACAAAUUUACAUUUAAAAUUAUUAUACUCACAAAGAACAUAAACCAAAUCAAAGAAAAUGAAAUUGAGAGAUAAAUUUUAUAAGAAAAUAAAUAGUAAAACAGAUUGCAACAACUUACCAACUAAAAUGAGUCUUUUCCAUCCGCUCAAAAUGCAAAGAAUAUAUAAAAUCCAAAUGAUAAUGAAAAGAUGACGCUAAGUCGCUUCGAGAAUCAAUUAAGAAACUUAAGAAAGAAAAAAAUGCUAAACCCAUAAACUAUAAAUGAUAAAAAUUAAAAUAAUUAGGUAUGUCACGUACAUGUUUGGAAUGUUUUAUGAUUUUUCAUCUUUUGCGUCAAAACAAACAAAAUAAAAAAAAGUUUUUUUCUUAUACUGAGAGAACAAGGAAAACCUAAGAAAACUUCAAUAAGAAAAUAAAAAAAAACCUUCGAAUGAAAAGAGUUUUCAACCUAACUUAAAAAUGAAAAAAAAAUAUCUAAAAGUAUAUUAGACGAUGAAAGGGAAAAAUAGAAAUUAAAUGAGAAAAAAAAUGAAAAAGCUAAUCAGUUUUAGAAAAUAAGCCAUAAAUAUAAUCCUAAAUGUGUGUAAACUAAAAGAUGUAUUAAAGGUCAAAAAUGAGAAAUUACAUGAAAUAUGGUCAGAUGACUUGUUUCUUUGUUCUUUGAUUCUGUCGAUUUCUUUUUGUCCAUGAAGAACGUCGGAGAAGGAUAAUUUAUGUUACAUUGAAAUUAUUGUUUUAUAGAAUAUCAUCACUUUGUCUUAAAUUUACAAACUUUUCAGGCAAAUAAAUGAAAAGAAUUUUGAAAUGACCCUUAAAAGAAUUCUUUUCACUUUUAAAUUAAUCAAAACUCAUUAAAUAAUUUCUCACAAAAGAAAAGAAAUCAAUUUUCCUUUAAAUAUCAUUUCUGUCCAAAAUAUAAUUUAAAUGAUGAAUUAAAUAAUGAAGAUUCAAUACUGAGAAACCGUCAAGUUAGCUGAAAAGGAAGGAAAAUAAAAGUUUGUAAAAUUAGUUAAUUGUUUAGGUAGUGAACAUGAAGAAAUACAAAUUAUAUUUAUGAAGGAAUGGGAGAAAUUCAAAUGAUGUUUCGAGAACUAAACCCAUAAGAAAAUGUUAUGAAAAUAGUGCACAAUGACUUGAUGUUAUUCAAUGAAGCUUUUUAUUUGUCUCUCCAAUUGCUUCACACAAUUUUUCAGUUCCUUUUGCUAUUUCUUUGUGUUUGUUUUAAAUAAAUAAGAUGAGAUGAUGAUUUGAUGAAUUAAAAGAACAAAACUAUCAUCAACUCUUGUAGUAAUUUAAUAAUAAAUCAGCAAAAUUUUCAUUAGAUCUUUAAAUGCCAAUCUUUAUAAGGAAAAUUGAUUGUCUUCUUAUUUUACCCUGAGAAAUCUGACUAGACUACCAAACAAAAUGUGGUUCAGUGUUUGAAACAAAGAGAAGCAAAAUAAAAAUUAAACAUCUUAGGCCAUCAUAAACAAUUCAUUGAAAAAUAAAAUGAUUGGAAAUCAACCUAAGAAAAACACACAAAAAAAGAAAGAAAAGUUACAAAAAUAAAGAAUUCAUUUUAUGAUGAAAACUAAAAAUUCUAUAUGCGAAAAAAAAUUAAAUGAGACGAUGAAAGAAUUGAAUAUUAUUAUUAUAAAAAAAAUGAUGAAUGAAGAAACAAAAUGAAAAAAAUAUAUAAAAAUAUGUGAUUAAGUAAA